AUGGGAAAUUCUAUAGAGAUUAAUCAGACGUUGUCAUAUUCGACCAUUCAAGGAUAGGAGAUACUACUUCCAUUUAAAGAUUUAAAGGGAAAGUAAAAUUUUCCUAAAGUGCCUUCAAGAGAAAAAGAUGUUGAAAUUAUGUUUCAAAAAUGGCUAAGCAAAGUAAACGAUUUUAUAAUCAUAACAGAUUGUGAUUGGAAGAAGGGAAAAAGAAAAGUUGAAAGGAAUUCCUCUGAAAUACAAAUUUAGAUUAUGUUACAAACAUGACUAAAUCAUUUAAGAGAUAACUAAAGGGGAAUAAUAUAAAUAGAAAGUCAUGCAGGAAACAGAUAAACUAAUUUAAAAGGUAUUAUCUCAACAAGACGUUGUUUCAUUAGAAGGUACAUCUAAUAUUCCACAUUAUAAGCUUUAUCAAGAAAUUUAACAAAUGAUGAUCUACUUGAACAUAAAAUCACUCUGUUAGUUAAAGCAGAUCUCAUUGCAAAAUUAGUUGUAGAAUUGAAAACUCAAGAAUUGUUAUCAAGACAUUCCAAAAAUUUUAGGGACUAAAUUGUCAUUAUCAAAAUUUUUGAAAAGCUAUUGCACCAUGAAUCAGGUAAACAUAAACAGUCUAUAAUUAAAUAGGUGUAUAAUUACUAUGUGACACUUCCAAUUUUUUUUAAAUUAUGUUUAGCACUUUUCACCCUGUUGAACCAGAAAUCACAGGACUGAUGCUCUAAGUUUUGGGCGGCAAGGCUGGUUUAUGUUGGCAGCCAGAAUGUUUGGAUAACAUCCUUGAUGCCAUGACUGAAUUUUAAAAUAAUCAUAGAUUAUAAACUAAGUAUCAUAUAUAUUUAUUAUUACUAUAGAUUUGAUGUAAUAAUCAGAAGCAUUUACUAUACUAAGAAUUUAAUCAUUAUCUAUCAUCUGCUUUAGUUUUUGUUCAACUUCCUGUUUUCAGUUGAAAAACCAGAAUCUGAUAGUUUGCAUAAGGAAUUAUUAGAAACAGUAAUAAAUGGAAAAAGGAUUGAUGAAGUGUUUCAAUAAGUGAAAAUUCGAAUUGUCAAAGAUUACUAUUAAAUUGAAGAGUGCACAUAUUAAGGAGUGAGAUAAAAAUUAGCAUAAUUCCAACAUCCUCUUGUUGAAAAACAAUCUCAAGAGAAUGAUUUUUUCUCUAUGUAGAGAUUUAAAACAAUUACAGACAAACCUCCAAAGGAUGCUAUUAAACCGAACAUUGAGUUUGAUCUUGAGGAAACAGGAAGAAUUAAAUUCGAAAAUUGUUUUUACUUUGAACAACAUGACAUUAAGCUGUUUAGCAUUCUCAAAGUUCAAAUUUUUGAACUUAUGGAUGGUAUUUUAAAUAUUGAUAACAUUUUAAUAUAAAUUGAGAAUGAUGAUGUCGAUUAAACGGAAAUUAUUUCUAAUCCAAAUGAUGUCUUCAAUGAAAUGUAAACUUUGGCUGAAGUAGAUGAAGAAGAGGAAGAAGAUUACGAUAAUAGAUUAGUCAGCUUUUCAAAGCUAAAGAAUAAUGAUUAAUUUAGAAACUAAGGUAAUAUGAUCAAAUAUGCCAAUGCUAAUUUACAAUAGGAGUACAAUUCUCUAGAAGAAAAACAUUAAAUUCUAUUCUCUAAAUAUGAAGAAACUGAAAAAUAAUGUCGAGAAUUAUCACUCUAAUUAAUUGAUGAACAAUAAAAAGUCAAAAAGCUCGAAGAAUAAAAUGAAAAAUUGCUAUACCAUUCUACAAGUCAAAACUAAGAUUAAAUUCAAACCUUAGUUUAAGAAUAAAUUGAAUUUCUGAAAUAACAACAUUUUAUUCAAAUCACAUAAUUAUCAGAAGAAUUAACUAAAUUGAAAGAGUAAAUUCAGAAUUAAGCUUUAACUGAAAAUUAGUUAAUUAAUUAAAUUCAAAUUGAAAGUACAAAAGUGUAAACUUAGAAACAAUAAAUUGAUUUACUAUAGCGAUAUAUUGAUUAAUAUGCAUCAAUGCCUAUUUCAUAGAUAUCAGAUAAAAAUGAUGAGAAAUAAAAUGAAGUCUAAAAGUUUGAAGGUGAAUCGCAAAUUAUUAAAGAUACAAAAGAUAGCAAUGAUACCUAAAAAAUAAUAGAAUAAACAAUUGAAACAGAAGAUAAAUUGAAGGAGGAUUCUACAUUAGAAAAAUAAAAUGAAAAUUAGUAGGUUCAAAAAAAUGAAUAAUUGGAAUCAAAUCAAACUCUUUAAAUUGAAAACAACAUAAUAGGUUAAAAUUUAAAUUAAGAAGUAGUCAAAUCUGAUACAGAUCCAUUAAAAUAAUAAGAAAAUUUGAAGGAAGCUAUUAUUGUGAAAAAAAUAAUGGUUAACUCAGAAACAUAAACAAAUCAAAAAAUAUAUCUAACUAAAGAGGCCUAAACUACUUUUGAAUUUCCGCCUAACCCUUAAACUUAAGUAGCAGCUUAAGUACAGAAGGAAUAAUAGGCUAACCCACCUCCUCCACCACCAACAGUAAAGGUAGCUCCACCUCCUCCUCCUCCACCACCUCCUAGUCUAAAGCCAGGUGGUCCUCCUCCUCCACCUCCUCCUCCUAUGAAAGGAGCUUAAUAAGCACCUAAACCAUAAGACACUCUAUUUCCCUUCAACAAAACUGAGCUUAUUCCAUCUGUUCCUACUAAACCUAUAAAUUGGAUUUUGAUAUAACCAUAAAAUAUGAAAAAUACAAUUUAUGAGUAGAUUUAUUAGGAAUCCUAUGAAAUAGAUACAAAAUAUUUAGAAACCUACUUUUAUAAAAUUUAAUCAGCACCUUCUGCUUAACAACAAGCAAAUGAGAAUUAGGUUGUUAAGAAAGUAGUAUAAACGAAGAUACAAUUGAUAGCAACUGACAGAUCUAAAAAUAUAGAGUUAGUAUUGGGAAAAAUCAAGAUACCAAAUACUUUGAUUAUGAAAUCUUUGUUAUCGAUUGACUUAAACAUACUUACUGAUUCUGCAAUAGAUUCUUUGGACACAAUAAUUCCAACUGAUGAGGAAAUUAAAAUUGUAUUAAUUUUGUAAUUUACAUAAGGUUAGUGAAUUCUAAGGGUAGAGAGAUUUGCUUGGAGUAGUUGAAACCUUUAUUGAUACCAUUAGAUAAGUUAAUGGGUUUUAAUUUAGAAUCAGAUCACUAAAAUUUAGAUCAGUCUAUGAUGACUACAAAUAAGACUUAAUUGAUAAAAUGUCCAUUUUAACAUCAAGAUUUUAAGAGAUAAGGCAUUUAUAAGGAUUAUAGAAAAUGUUAUUAAUAACUUUGAAUAUUGGAAAUUUUCUAAAUGGUAUAAAAUUAUUUGUAAUAUUUCAGCUAAGACUCCUCGAGGCAAAGCUUUGGGCUUUAAAAUAGAGGCUCUUGACAUAUGUGCCGAAAUCAAAACAUCAGACAAUUAAAAUAACAAUUUAUUAUUGUACAUAAUUGAGAAAACGGAGUAAAUUAUAGGAAGUGAAAUUAUUUCUGAAGAUAGUACUAUUAUUAUUAAUGUUUAGAAAUGAAAACUUUUGAGGUACUUUAGAGAGUGCCAGUCCAUUAAUUAGUAGUUGAUUUGGGUGACAUCAAAAAAGGGUGUAGCUUUAUCAAAAAAGCUAUGGAAUCAUAAACAGAUGAUCCUCAAGAUUUAGUAUAACAAAAGUUUAAGGAUGGAUAUGAUUCUAUAACAAAAGACAUUGAAGAACUUGACAAAAAGAUAAAUCUUUUAGAAGAGGAGUAUAAAACGUGCGCAUAAUUUUAUGGUGAAAAUCCAAAAGAUCCAUCAGAUAAAUUUGGAGAUAAGAUAUUGAAAAUAUUCAGACAAAUAUUAAGACAAAAACUAGAGAAGUUGUAAAGGGAAGAAAGAGCAAAGAGAUAAGAAGCCUUAAAGAAAAGAUAGAUGUUGAAGAGUACUCCAUUAACAGCAAGAAGAGCAGAUGAAGGACCUAAACCACCUCCAAAGGAAGCAUAAAGAUAAUCAGUCUUAAAACCAAUUAUUCCGAGAUAAUCCAUCAAAGAUCCUACAAAGCUUGAAGUGCCUGGAAAUAAAGGACCCAAAAAGAGUUUUAUAGCCAACGAAAUAAGCUAGCUACGUCAUAUGAAAUAGGUUCGGGCUAGUAUUUUAACUAUUAACAAAAAAUGAAAUUAAAAUGAUCACUAGUUAUCUGUGUGUUUUAUUAGUAAAUAGUUCA